AUGCGGGACGGCGGUGGCAUGGCUAGGGAGUUCGUGCGUGCGUUUUUCUCUCUUCUCAUCACCCCCGCGCACACAUUUUUUCCCACCCUUCAUCUCCCCUCCGCUCGCCCCGCGUUCCCCAUCUCUCCCCCUCCCCGCCUCGUCCCCCAUCCCCCACUCACCGCUCAUUCCCCUACCACCUCCCAGUUCACCUCUUUUCCCUACGCUGCAAUAUCAGCAUUCACCUCCUUCCCCCCCGCCGCAAUAUCAGCCACAGCACAGCAUCACCCACAAUCAUUCACCCCUCAUCUCCCUCCCCUACCCUACCACCGCCGCUGGAUGUUCCCGCAUCUCCCUCACCCUACACGCCCCUCCCACAAAUUAAUCGCCCGACAUCCCACCCCUCCCUCCCCUCACCCCUUCACUCACCCCUUGUCUGACCCCACACAAUCACUCCUUAUUCACCUUCCCCAUCCAUCCCUCUUUCCAGAACCAACCCCCCUCCCCUUCGCCCCUACCCUUCCCCCCUCCCAUCCCCCCUCCUCCUCCCUAUCAUCGCUCAUUCCCCAUCUGCUCACCCCUCAUCUCCUGCCAUCUCUCUGCACGCCCCUCCACGCCCCUCCACGCCCCUCCACGCCCCUCCACGCCCCUCCAUGCCAAUCCGCGGCCCCCCACACCCCUCCAAGUCCAUCCGCUCACCCCUCGUCUCCUCACAGCUUUCCCGCCAUCUCCCUCCACGCUCAUCCCCUGUUCACCCCUCAUCGUCUUCCCCCAUCUUCUGCCUGCCUUUACUACGCACCCACUGCAUUUGCUCCUCUCCUCUGGUACUUGCCUUUGCUAUUCGCGUUAUGUGCUUAUGACAUCAUCCUGGUCCUCUCCCACCCUCGCCCACGCCUCUGGCGAGCCACGGUCUCUCUCCCACUGCCUCCCUGCGACGACCACCGGGCGGCUUCAGGAUUUUCUUCAGGGGCUUCAGGUGUUUCUUCAGGUGUUGCUUCAGGGGCGUCAGGUGCUGCGUCAGGAGCCUGGGGACCGCGUUCCGGGAGGGUGAAGGCGAGGGGGAGGGCGUAUCUGCUGGAGGGGAGGCACCAGGGGAGCGUGGUUCGCUCUGAUUUCCACCCUGUGCUGAGUCUGCUCGCUGUGGCCGGCAUAUGCCCCUCAGUCUGCUCGCUGUGGCUGGCGUAUGCCCAUCAGUUGGUAAACUAUCCCCCACGCGCCCCCCCACGUCCCUCUUUCCUGUCCAUAUGGCACACUCCCGAUCCGCCCCACCCCCUGCUCCCGCCCUCCUUCCUCUGCCUCCUCCGCUUCUUCGAUUCUCAUUUUCCCCGUCUCGUUCCGUUUCCUCCCUUGCCCGCCCCUGCUAUCCCUUCUCCGAUGUGCUCUGCUCGUCUCUGCUUCUCCCUUUCCCUUUUCUCCCAUGCAGUUGGCAAACCGUCUCCCACGCGGCCCCCCACGUCCCUACUCCUGUCCAUAUGGCACAUCCCCGAUCCGCACCACUCCUUGCUCCCGCCCUCCUUCCUCUGCCUCCUCCGCUUCUUCGAUUCUCAUUUUCCCCGUCUCGUUCCGUUUCCUCCCUUGCCCGCCCCUGCUAUCCCUUCUCCGAUGCGCUCUGCUCGUCUCUGCUUCUCCCUUCCCUUUUUUUCCCAUGCAGUUGGCAAACCGUCUCCCACGCGGCCCCCCACGUCCCUACUCCUGUCCAUAUGGCACAUCCCCGACCCGCACCACCCCCUCCUCCCGCCCUCCUUCCUCUGCCUCCUCCGCUUCGCUCCUCCUCCCCUCCACCCUCCUCAAUCCAAACCUAGUCGCUCCAGAACCCCAGGGUUUUGGGGCGAUGGUUUAGAGGGGGAAGAGGAGGAGGAUGAGGAGGAGGAAGGGGAGGAGGCGGUAGCAGAGGUGAGAUUCUCCCCUGAUGGGGGGUCGUUAGCGGUGGUACACCACCGGGGGGUUUUGUCUCUUAUGCGGAUGUCGGCUAAGGAUUCUGAGCUCAUGCUGCUGCCUAGGAGCGCGGGGAGAACUGUGGGUGUUCCCUCUGGGGCUGCGGUGGAGGAGGAAGGGAGUGUGGUGGAGAACGGUGUAGGGAAACGGGAAAAGGAAGAGAAGGACGGAGAGGAGGAGGUGGGAGAGAAGGGAGAGGAGGGGACACAGCAGCGGAAAGCAGUGCGGUUCCGAACGGUGCAAGGCGGUGUUGUGGAUUGUGUCACCAGUGUGACUUGGCUCAGCACAGAUACCAUAGCAGUAUCCCAUCGCUCAGGGAGAGUAGCCAUAGCCACUGUGCAGGAUCUAAGCAAUCUCACCGGUCCGUUCCCUCUAGUCUUUGGGCCCCGGGCAGUCCUCUGCUCGUCCAGUCUCCUCACGCCACGUGGCAGCAGCAGGUCUGGAGUGUACCCACGAGGGGUGAUUGUUCUAGAGCCUGUCGCGAGACAGGUGUCGGUCCCUGAUUGGGCGAGACAGGUUGCACUUUCUCCUGUUAGAGGAGGUGUGAGGGACGGUGGCGGUGGUGGGGAGGAGGGGGUGUUGGAGAGCGGAUGGCGGGUUUUGUCUCUUGUGGAGCAGCCGGCGGCGGUUAUGGUGCGGGUGUUAACUGAGGAAGGUAGACUUGGGGAUGCAUUGGGGAUGGCUCGGGCAGCAGGUUUGCAUUCAGAUGUGGUGUUUAAGGCUGCUUGGACGAGCAUGGGUGUGGGGAUUGCAGUAGCAGCAGCCGCAGCAGCAGGAGGAGGAGGAGUAAGAGGAGGAGGAGGAGGAGGAGGAGGAGCAGGAGUGGGUGAGAGUGGGAGGUUGCUGGGAGGAGGCAGGGGGCUUGCUGGUAGGGAGGAGGAAGGUGGGAAGGAGGAGAGGAAUGACGACGAGGAGGGGAGUGAGGAGGAGAGGGAGGAGGAGGAAGAGGAGGAGGUGUCAGCAAUCACGGAUUACCUGUCUCGGGUAUCUGACACCUCUUGGGUGGUGAGGGAGUGUGUGGGUGUGGUAUGCCGCACUGCCAAGGGUAUGGAUUUGCUGUUAAUUUUGGGAAUUAGAGCGACUAGCAGCCUCAAGGAGGAAACCCUAAAAGCAGCAGCUGCUGAUGUGAAGCUAUCAGGUGUAAAGCUGGCACUGGUACGAUCCAGGUUGCAGCUUUUGUCCUUUCGUGACCGCCUACAGAGCUACCUAGCCCUCAACAUGGGCCGGUACGAUCCGCAACAGUACGGCGUCUUUCGUCUUCUUCCCCUCCACUCUGCCGCCCAGCGUUUCGCCUCCGCCGGCCGGAUCUCAGCCGUCCAUAUCCUGCUGCAGAGGCAUCCCUUCUCACUCUCCCCUCACCUCCUCUCUCUCCUCUCCUCUCUCCCAGAAACCCUUCCUCCUCACUCUUAUCAAGCUAUUCUCCCAGGGGCCUCCCCCCCUCCUGUGUCCCGGACCAGAGGGGCAGAUUGGGUGGAAGGGCGGGCAGUGCUGCAAUUGAUUGGAGCUGGGUCGGCUGUAGCAGAUACAGAUUCAGCUGCUGCUGUAGCUGUUGCUGCUGCUGGUAGCGGUGCUGGUGGUGCUGCUGUUGUAGCUUCUGCAACAGAAGAAGUGGUGUUUCUGUCUCAGGGUUUAAAGUACCCCUCCAAGCCUGUUGUCGAGGCUUGGUAUCUCUCCCGAGCCAGGGAGAUUGAGGAACGGACGGGCCUGCUGCAGCACUCGCUCGCGCUGCUGGAUCUAGGCUUGGCAGCAGGCUUGGCGGAGGUUCGGAGUGCUAUGGAGGAUUACGCUGAGCUGAACAGAGUGGUAUAUGGGGCAUGCGGGGCUGAUUAUAAGGAGGACGAGGGGGCUGAUGAGGGCGGGGAGGGAGGGGAUGACAGGCAAGUGCAGGAGGAAAUGGAGGAAGUAAAAGAGGAAGAGAGUGGGGAGGGGGAUGAGCAGAGGAGGGAGGGAGAGGGUCAGGGUCAGCAGCAGCAGCAGCAGCAACAGCUGCAGCAGCAGCGAUCUGCCAUUGUUGCCCCUCCAGUUGCCCUAAAACGCGCCGAGCUCACUCUCUCCAUCUGGCUGCAGCUCCCCAUAAUCGAACGGUUCAGAUUCGUUCUCGGGCGGCCACGCCCCGCAUCCAUCGUCUCACGUCUGCACGAGCGUGCUCUGCCAAUCCUGUUCCGCCACCUGGCGUCGCCGCAACAGGUCUGGAGCCUCUUGGAAAAAUGGCUAAGGGAAGAAAUCGCCCCUGUGAAAGGCAGAAUGGCUGUUUUCUCCUCUGUUGUGGCUGAAAUGGCUAAGGGAAAACACGGCUGCCUCUCUCUCGCAACCUCCAGCCCCUCCUCUCUCUCCGCUCCUUCCAUUCCCUCCACCACCCCUCUUCCCUCUUCCGCCUCCUCCUCUCAACCCCUGCCCGCAUCUUCCGCUCCCCCAUUCUCUCUCUCUGAUCUAGCCUCUCUUUCCCUGCACUGCCUCCCUCUCUCUGCCUCUACUAAUGAAUGGAGCUCUAUGGCUUUCCUGCUCCGAUCUAUUCUAGACUCGCACAAAACUGCUGCUCUAGCAGAUCAGCACAGGGUUAAGUCUUCUGCUCCUGCUGCUGCUGCUGGUGCGGGUGGGGGAAGGGGCAGGCGUGGCGGAGCUUCGGCCCGAGCCUCCGGCGCAGGCCUGGAGCCGCUAGGUUCGGAGCAGCAGGAGGCAGUUGCGAGUGCGCUGCUAUUGGUGGAAGCAGGGGCUGUGCUUGCCACGUAUGAGCUCCCCACACCCUACACCGCCCUCGUCCAAUCCCGCAGCGACACGUCAGCAGCCCUCCACCUCCUCCGCAGCCUCCUCUCCACCUUCUCCCGCCGCCAGCCGUCCCCGGAGGACCCUGAUUGGCUGGAUCUGUUCCGCCACGUCAGCACUCUGAAGCACUCCGCGUUCCUCCCCCUUCCCCCAGACUCCCUCCCUUCGGAAAUGGCUAGAGUGCUACUAAGGGAAGCGAGAUUCUCUCUAGCCAGGCAGUUUUUGAGAAGCGGGGGAAGUGGGGGGAGUGGGGGGAGUGGGGGGGGUGGGGGGAGUGGGAGAGGAAGAGGGGGAGGGGAGGAUGUGUGGUUGGAGGGAGAUGCGGUGUUGAGUGAGGAUCGGGUAGAGGCGCUGGUGAUCGGUGCUGCCAGGAAUUUCUUCUACUCGUCCCCGACACUCGACUCCCCAGAUAUCCACAGCGCCUUCGCCUGUCUGGACAUUCUCCCGCGCAACCCAGCAGCAGCAGCGGAGAGGCAGCUCUUCUCAGCCCUUGUCAUCGACCUCCCAGCCUGUGGCCUCCAUCUGCUGCCCCUGCACCUGCGCCAAACCCGCGAUCGCCUCGACAUCAUUCACCAAGUCCUCAACCUCUGCCCGUUCCCUCCUGUCUCCCCCCUCACCACCACCACCACCUCUGCUUACUCCUCCCAUUCCUCCUCUCACUCCUCUUACCCGUCCUCCCACCCCUCCUCUUACCCUUCCUCUCACGCGUCCCCUUACUCGGCCUCCUCGGCCUCCUCUCCCUUCGCUCCGGUCUUUUCCGUCGAUCUCGCCAGCACAGGGGCUCCUGAGGUGCUAACCUUAGCCUGGAAAUUAGGGCUGACGUCAGCAGCGGAUGAAGGGAGGGUGCUAGAGGCGGUGGCUAGAGCAGCAGCAGCUCGGGCGGAUAUUAGAACAGCUAGAAAGGUUGUUCAGGAGCUUAUGAGUAGAAGCUAUGGAGGGAUAUGGGACUUGUGUGCUGCUUUGGCAAGGGGACCGGCUAGUAAGGGGGGAAGGGGAGGGCUGGGAGGAGGCAGGGGCAGGGGGAUGGGAGGGUUGAGGAGGCAGGGAGGGAGGUUAGGGAGUGGGAUGCAGGGGCAGCUGCAGAAGGGGAAAUUGUCAAGAUCGGCUGUGGAGUUGGGUGUGGGUGAGGGGAGGAGGGGUGGUGUGAAGGGGAGGGGUGGAGAGGGGUUGGAGAGGGUUGAUGGGAGUGAGGAUGGGGUGUUGAGCGGUGAUGGUGGGAGUGUGAGCGAUAGCAGCAGCAGCAGCAGCACGAGUUUGAGCGCUAUGAUUGGACGAACAGUUGCUUCUGCAACUGAUCUGUCUGCUGAUGUCAGCAUGGAUGAAUCCGCCAGCAGUGCAGCGAGCACUGCUGCUGACGUGGACGCUGACGUGGAUGCUGACGUGGACGACGGAUCCGAUGACAUCAGCAUGCCGAUCCGGCGGGAGUUUCUAGGGUUUGCUCUGGCUCAUUGCGACGAAGCUUCCCUCCCGGACCUGCUAGCCUCGUGGCAAGGCUUGGAUGCCACAGAACGGUGCGUGGCGCUAGGUGCGGCAACAGGCUUGGUAGUCCCAGGCCUGCGAGAGCAGGAGGCGCUUCUCCCGGACCUAGCUGCCGGCCGAGCCUCGGGCAAGUGGGAAGGCACGGAAGUGCUGGUAAUUCCUGAAGCUGCUACAGCCAGUGCUACAGCCGGCAGCAGCAGCAGAAGUAGCAAAAUCCGGGGGAAGGGAGGGAGCUCAGGCCUUACCACUAGCACUAGCAGGAAACUGGUUAGUUUGGGUGGGGGCCGGGGGGCAAUCGGGAGGGAUGUGGGGAGGAGGGCGUUGGCGCUGGUAUCGAGUGACGGGGAGGCGUGGGGGGAUAAGCAGUGGGAGGAGGUGCCUCGGCUGCUGCUGCCGUUUGCCUGCCUCCAUCUGCCGUGGAUGCUCCAGGUGAAAACUCGCCGUGCUGCUGCUGCUGCUGCCGCCGCCGCCGCCGCUGCUUCUAGAACUGGAGGGACAACAGCAGCAGCAGCAGCAGCAGCAGCAGCAGGCGGAGGGGGGGUGGCAGAAGUAGCAGCAGCAGCGGCAGCAGCAGAUCCGAUAGUCGAGCAGAUAGUGGUGCUGAUUCUCCACGUGCUCGCGUCCUGCCAGGUGUCGCCCUCUGAUAAGCUCCUGACUGAAGCUGCCCGGAGUGCCCUCACCGCUGGGGACAUAGUCUCUGCUGCUGCAGCUGCGGCCGGUUUAUGGGGGAGGACUGGAGCAGGAGUAAGGGGAGUGAGUGGGGUAGGAAGCGGAGGGACAGGAGGAUCAGGUGGCUUAUCAGGUGGUGGGUCAGGUGGUGCGUCAGGUGCCGGGUCAGGUGGUGGGUCAGGUGGCGGGUCAGGUGGAGAAUUAGGUGGAGUGGGAAAUGCUAGUGGUUCUGCAGUAGGGGAAGCAAGGGAAGUGAGCCCAACAGCUGCUGUUGCAGCUGCUGAGGUGGCAGCGUGCGAUUCGCUGGCGAUGGCGUUUCUGCUGCAGGCCGGGGACUCAGUGCGGGCUGCGGGGGUUAUCGAUGCUGAGAUGGCGAAGCGGGACGGGGCGGACGCAAAGAGGCGGUUUGUGCUGCUGCUGCUGCAAUUCUCGUCUCUUCACGCAACCCUCUUCCUGCUAGCUUCUCAGGUGAGCAUAUGCUGUCUCGUUGCUGCUGCUGCUGCUGUUGCAGUUGCUGCUGCUGCUGCUGCUGCUGCUGCUGCUGCUGCUGCUGCUGCUGCUGCUGCUGCUGCUGCUGCUGCUGCUGCUGCUGCUGCUGCUGCUGCUGCUGCUGCUGCUGCUGCUGCUGCUGCUGCUGCUUAG